AUGGCUCCCUCCGCGACAAAUGGUCUUCAGCAUCAGACGCCGGACAAUGCGCCGCUUGGAGCUCUCAAGUCGCUUGCAGACCCCUCCCUCUUCAUCCAGAAAGCGUUUGUGGGGAAUGAAUGGACCGAGAAGAGCAAGUCUUUCGAUGUCUGGGAACCUUCGACAGCUACAGUGCUGGGGACGGUAGCCGACUGCGAGGUUGAGGAUUUCCGCCGUGCCAUUGAGGUGGCUCACGGCAGUCAAAGCCGGUACUUCGAAGAGACGACUGCGGCGCAAAGGGGCGCUUUUCUGAGGCGAUGGUACGAUGCUAUUAUGGCGAAUCUAGAUGAUUUGGGUGUGAUUCUCUCCCUCGAGAACGGCAAAACCCUCUCCGAAGCUAAAGGUGAAGUCUCCUACGCCGCCAGCUUCAUCGCUUGGUUCGCAGAGGAAGCGACACGAGCUUACGGGCACACAAUCCCGUCGUCCAGCCCCAACGCAACUCUGCACACUGUUCGAGAACCCGUUGGUGUCUGCGGAAUAAUCACGCCCUGGAACUUCCCCGCUGCGAUGAUCACGCGGAAAGUCGCGCCGGCGUUGGCGGCAGGCUGUGCGGUGGUCAUCAAGCCACCGAGCGAGACACCGUACUCGGCGCUGGCAUUGGCAAAGCUGGCUGAGCGCGCGGGCAUGUAUCCUGGUAUCAUGCAUGUGUGUCCGACGAAGGACCGCUCGGCGAGCUCAGAGCUAGCGACGAACCCGCUCGUGAGGAAGAUCAGUUUCACCGGCUCGACGGGUGUGGGCAAGAUGCUGGCGAAUAUGGCCGCAGGGACGCUAAAGAAAGUCAGCCUGGAGUUAGGCGGGAAUGCACCGUUCAUUGUCUUUGAUGACGCUAAUGUGGAUUUGGCGGUUGAGGGCGCUAUGUUCUGCAAGUUCCGAUGCUCGGGGCAGACUUGCGUGUGUGCCAAUCGGUUCUAUGUGCAGAGAGGCGUGGUGGGAGAAUUCACGCGGAAGCUCGUCGAUGCGGUGGAAACACUGCAGACUGGGCCUGGUCUAGACGGUCGGACGACGCAGGGGCCUCUGGUGAACGAAGCGGCGGUGGCGAAAGUAGCAGAGCAUGUGACAGAUGCCGUGGAGAAAGGCGCAAAGUUGGAGAUUGGUGGCAGUCGUGAGAAACGGGCAGGAUACUUCUUUAGUCGCGACGUUGGACGGUGCUCGCGGGUAGCGAGGAAGCUUCAAGUAGGUAUGGUGGGCGUCAACACUGGCAAGAUUUCCGCCGCAGAGGCGCCGUUUGGGGGAGUUAAAGAGAGUGGGUAUGGCCGGGAAGGCAGUCUGUAUGGCAUGGAAGACUACCAAGUGGUGAAGAGUAUCACCAUUGGAAACUUAGAUCGGUAG